AUGUUGUUUUUUCUUUUUUGUAAUUACCAGGAUGAACGUAUCGUAUUUGAUUAUUUAUCUGCCCACAAAUUUGACAAAGCAUUGAAGGAAGAUGUACAGGAUAAUAGAUAUAGUACGUAUUACAAUGGAAUAAGUGCCCUGAAUAAAAUAUUCCCAUGGAUAGGUGACUUAUCUAAGAAGCUAAGUAGAAAUAUAUCUUUUGUACAUGAUAGUUAUAUUCCUGGCGAUGAAUUCAAUAAGAAGCGCUGUUAUGAUUUAAAUUUUUGGUUACAUGACCAAGUCUAUAAAAACCUGCAAUCAUCAAAGAAGAGCACUGAAUAUUUGGGGGGUAUUGUCGAUAAGCUUCAAAGCGUGUGGCAAGAUAUUGUUGAUAAGGAGUUUCAAGGUCGUGUUUUUACAUGUCUUCCGGAUAAAAAAUUACUCCUUAACAUGCAAUUUUUGCAAGAAAUUAAGGAUUUAUUUGAUUUUUUUCAGGAUUAUAGUGAAAUAAAAGGGGAAAUUAUUGCUAAACCUCUUGAGGCAUGCCUUAAGUAUGUUGAUUAUCUUAGACAAAAGCUUCCAAUAUAUUAUACAUGGAGAGACUCAUGCGUAAAAGAAGAGUACACCUGUAAAAGAUAUAUCGAUGAUUAUAUGAGAUAA